AUGAGUAACACAAGCAGCGAUUUCAUCAUUGUCGGAUUUCCAGGACUGCAGGACUACCAGAAUAUUCUGUUUAUUGUAUUUUUGGCUAUUUUCUUGGUAACUUUCAUUGGAAACGUCACCAUUCUGCUGUUAGUUGUAGCCGAUCAGCGGCUUCACACGCCAAUGUACAUUUUUCUUUGGAAUUUAGCUCUGUUAGAUGUAUUAAUGGCAGUGGCACUCAUACCAAAGCUGCUCUCCGUGUUUCUGUCUCAUAAAACGGUGUCCUUUACAGAAUGUUUUGUACAAAUGUAUUUUGUGAUCUCUUUUGGAGCAACUGAAAUUUUCUUGGUGGCAGCAAUGGCUUAUGACCGCUAUGUUGCAGUAGUGAAGCCUCUACAUUACAAUGUCAUUAUAAAUUUUAAAACAUGCUUAAAUAUCAUAACCUCUGUUUGGGUUUGUGGCUUCAUAGUACCCAUUGUAUCUGUAAUUACAGCAGCCAUCCAGCCAUACUGUGCUUCAAAGGAAAUCAUGCAUUGCUUUUGUGAUUAUCCAGAUGUGAUAUCAUUAGCUUGUGCUGAUGUGACGUUUUACGCUAAUUUCACAUUAUAUCUUGCAAUGAUUGUUAUCUAUGGACCUCUGCUGUUUGUUCUUUGGACUUACUGUAGAAUAGUGUACGCAGUAAUUAAACUCAAGUCUGCCGAAAGCAGAAAGAAAGCAUUUUCUAUGUGUAUCUCCCACGUGAUUAUAGUUCUGAUGUAUUACAUUUCCUGCGCCAUCGUCUACAUAGGGCUAAAAAUAAAUAACAUCUCCUAUGAUGGACGUGUUUUCAUUGGGAGUUUGAAUUACUUUUUUACCCCCAUGAUGAACCCAAUCAUUUACAGCUUGCGAAAUGAGCAAAUAAAAGCAGCAGUGAAAAAAUAUCUGAAUUUGCAUGCACUUUUUCAUAGAACAGACAAAAAAAAAACAUCAGCAGCAGUUCAUAGAACAGCAACAGAAAGCUAA